AUGACAAGAGAACUUAUUACAAUAUAAGUAGGAUAAUGUGGAAAUUAAAUAGGAACAAAAUUUUGGGAAUUAGCUUUAAAAGAACAUGCAAAAUUUAAUAAACAAAAUAUAUAUGAUGAUGCACUUUCAACUUUUUUUAGAAAUUUAAAAAAAAACAAAGAACUUUAACCAGGAUCAGAAAUUCACAAUUUAAAAGCAAGAGUAAUUAAAUAAAAAAAUAAAAAAAUUAUUUAAUAAAAGGCGAUUGUGAUUGAUAUGGAAGAAAGAGUUAUAAAUGAAAUAAUAAAAAGCGAUAUAGGAGAAUUAUUUGAUUAAAGACAAGUUAUAAAUGAUGUAGGAGGAGCAGGAAACAAUUGGGCUCAUGGUUAUUUCUUUUAUGGAUAAAAAUAUAAAAAUGAUAUUUUAGACAAAAUAUCAAAGGCUGUAGAAUAAUGUGAUUCUUUAUAAUGUUUUUUUUUAAUGCAUUCAUUAGGUGGUGGUACAGGUAGCGGUUUAGGAACUUUUCUUUUAAAAUUAUUAAAAGACGAAUUUCCUGAUGUAUAUAGAUUUACUGCUUCUGUAUUUCCAUAAAAAGAUGAUGAUGUUGUAACAUCUCCAUAUAAUAGUUUAUUUUCUUUAUAUGAACUUUCUUAACAUGCAGAUUGUGUAUUUCCGAUAGAUAAUUAAGCUUUAUUGAACAUAUGUUAAUAGACAGAAAAAGACAACAAAGAGAAAAAAGUACUUGGUGAAAAAAAAUAAAAACCAUUUGAUAAGAUGAAUAAUAUAGUAGCAAAUCUAUUGAGUAAUGUUACAUGCUCAAUGAGAUUUGAAGGUAUUCUGAAUGUAGAUUUAAAUGAAAUUACAAUGAAUCUUGUGCCUUAUCCUGAUUUACAUUUUUUAGUAUCUAGCAUGGCGCCUCUAUAUUCUGUUUAAUAAUAAAAUAUGUAACCUAAAAAGCUUGAUUAGAUGUUCAAAGAUAUAUAUCAUCCAGAUUAUUAACUUAUUAAUGUAAAUCCUUAUAUAAAUAAAUAUUUGGCUGUUGGUUUAAUUGUUAGAGGAUCAGUUUCUUUUUCAGAUGUAAAUAGAAAUAUUAAACUAAUGAGAAAAAAUUUAGAUAUGAUAUAUUGGAAUUAAGAAGGUUUUAAAUAUGGAAUUUGUAAUGCACCUCCUGUUGAUUAAGUAUUUUAAAAUAAUAUUUAAUUAUAUUUUUUAUUUCUUUCAUUUUAGCCUUAUUCAGUUCUAUGUAUGGCAAAUAAUACUUCGAUACGAGAAACCUUUUAAGAAAUUUUGGAAAGAUUCAAUAAACUUUAUAGAAAAAAAGUAUAUAUUCAUCACUAUACUUAAUAUAUGGAUGCUUAAUUAUUCAAUGAAGCUUCUGAAGAAGCUUAUUAAAGAAGAUUAUAAAAAGAAGAGUAAUAGUAGAAUGAAGGAAUUUAACAAGAAAAACAUAAAAUGCAUAAAAUAGGUAGUAUCAAAAAUAAUAAAGUCAACUUUGAUAGAGAUGAAUAGUUUUUUGCAUAAGAAGACAUUCCUAUAUAAGCUAUAGAGAAAAAAAUAAAAAUAAAAGAAUUUAUUAAUCCCGAUUUACUAAACUUAAGAAAAAAAGAAUGGAAUACAUCAGUAGCAGUACCCAAAAAUCCGUUAUUAGAGGAAACUCAUGAAAGAAAGUUAAUAAAAAUUAAGUUAGGUCUUUUUGAUAGACCGAUUCCUAAAUUAAAAGACAAAUAUAUAGAAAUCGGUACUGAUUCAAGAAAUGAUUAUCUUGGAUGGAAUGUGAGUACUGAGUAAGAUAAAAAUUUUAGACUGUAAAAAUUAGAUGAAUUGUAAAACAUUAAACUAAUUCUUUUUAUUUAAUUUUUUAUCUAAAAAAGUACUUAAAAAGCAAAAGAUAAAAAUAAAGAAAAAGAAAAUCUUCAUUUAAAGGAAUAUAGAAAUCCUAAUUAAUAAUAAAAUGAUAUAGUUGAUCAUUUACGAGAAACAAAAAAGAAUGAAAGAGAAUUUAGAAACUAAAUAAGAAAAGAGUAUAUUUUCUAAAAUCCAGGAGCAAGUUAAGAAAAAGUAGAUGGUGCUGUAUUUAGGUUAACAUAUGAAGCAAAAUUAAGAAAGAAUUAAAUAAACUAAGAUACUUCAGAAAACUUAAAUGCCACAUAACCAUAUUAACCUACAUUAUAUAAACCUGAUGUUGAGAAGAAUAUAAAAAGGUACCAUACAGGAGUGUAUUAAGAGUUUACUAUAGGAAAAGAUAAAGAAGGAAAUCCAAAAGUGAAAUAAUGUUGGUCUUGUUGUAUGAAUACAAAUAAGGAAAAUGAAGGAUGUAAUAAAUAUAUGAUAGAUAGAAAAAAAUGGAGUUAUGUUUCUUAUGUUUCAUGA